AUGGAAAUAAAACAAGAAGGUAGUGAGAAAAGUUGUAAAAUGGAAAUAGAUAAUAAUGACACGUGUGUUGGUCUUUUGGAUACGUUCAAAAUUGAGAUCAAGGAAGAACCCAAGACAGAACCUGCAUACCACACAUUUGUUGAUUUAGAUUUAAACAAAUUCCCCCUAAAAACUGAAGUAGAACAAGAUGAAUAUAAAUUUUCACCACUUGAAGAAAAGCCAACAAAAAACGAAGAAAGUUAUCCCCAGGAGGAGAAUAAAAUAAAAAUUAUGGAAACGUUACAUUCGUCUCAUAAAAGAAAAUAUACACGUCAAGAUGCCGAAGGAAAAUCCGUAAAUAAAAAUAUAAAAAUUCAGACUAGACAGGAACGUUACAAGUGUGAAAUUUGCUUUAAGCAGUUAAAUCGAGCAGGUGAUUUGAAAGUUCAUUUGAGAGUUCACACUGGAGAAAACUCUCACAAGUGUGAAGUAUGUUUCAAGCAAUUUAAUCAAGCGGGUAACAUGUGGUCGUAG